AUGGCAUUUUCAAAUGAGAAUGUGACACUUGAGGACAACAUUGCGACGUUGGAGGCUGACACUGUGACGCUUGAGAAUAUUACUGCAUCUGAUGAGAGAAAUAAGGAUUGGUUCCCUACCAGUGAAGAUAGAUUUGAUGACAAUUCGGAUGAUGGGCCUGAUGAAUGGCAUGAUGAGAGUUCAGACGAGGACCGACUUUAUGACAGUGACAUUCCAAUUUGCAAUAAUGUUGAAGGCGAAACGGAACCUGUUGGAGGUGUUGAUGGAUGUUAUACGUUUACGGUUGCAAUUGAUGCGACACAUCUGAAAGGCAGGUUCAAGGGUAUUCUGUUUGUCGCUGUAUGUAAAGAUGUGAAUGAGUGCGUAUGUCCAAUUGCGUUUGGCAUCGGCCAUGUUGAGGAUGAAAACUCAUGGAUGUGGUUUCUUAGCAAGCUGCGUGAUGCGGUUGGUUGUCUUGAAAACACUAUGUUCAUUUUUGAUCAGCAUCUCAACAUUAAGAAAGUAAUUCAAAAUGCAUACCCAGAAGCGCACCACGGUUUAUGCGAGUACCACUUGAAGAAAAACUUUAAAAACAAGUUCAAGCGGGACGAUGUUUCUAUGAUUUUCACCCUUGCUCGAGAUUGCUAUAAGGUUUUCGAUUUCAACAGACAUAUCAACCAACUCAAGCAGAUUCAUGUGAGAGUCCAUGCUGACCUUAUGAGAAUAGGCCCUAAGAGAUGGGCACGUGCCUGUUCACCGGCAAGGCGAUACCAAAUGAUGACAUCCAACAUUGUAGAACGUGUUAACUCAUGCUUAAAGCAUGCAAGACAAAUGUCAAUCACUGUUUUGAUCGAGUUCAUCAGAGACAUGUUCCAGCGUUGGUUCCAUGACCGAUACGAGGAGGCCGUCAAGGUGACCACGCCCCUCAGCCCUUGGGUUGCCAGGCAGUUGAGCAAAUGGUUCAAUGAUGCACAUCGCUUUGUGGUUAAACUUAUCAAUCAAGUGGAGUUCAAAGUUAAAGAUAAGAAGAUGGACGGACUUGUAAACUUGUCCACAAAGACGUGUUCAUGUUGUGAGUUUCAAAUAGAUUUACUGCCAUGCAGUCAUGCCAUUGUAGCAAUAAGGUCAGAAUAUCUUUAUUUCUUAUUUGAACCUUAA